AUCGCGAUACUUUACGUGGUACAUCACGGAAUUUCCAUCAUGGCAGGCAGUAAGUUGUUGCUAGAAGGCAAAGUUAGUAUAAAAGGUUUUAUUUUAGGACUCAGCGUUGUUUUAAUCCCGUUAAUCAGAACCUGGUUUGGACAUAUUGACUGGGUCUUUGAUUAUCUGACAGAAACACCUGGGAAAAUAGCGAUUUGUAUCCACAUUGCAGUGAUCAACGGCCUUUUGCUAAUUAUAUACAGAGGACCUCUUUACAAGGUUGCAUUGAGAGCCUGUUUUCUGGGAAUUACCUUUGGCUGUGGCUUAAUUAUAAGCUGCUCUGAAACCACUUGGACACAUUUUGGCUGGUACAUGUGCUCCCUGUCGUUCUUCCAUUACUCUGAGUACUUAGUGACGGCCAUCAUCAACCCCCGCAGCCUGUCGCUGGACUCGUUCCUGCUUAACCACAGUGUGGAGUACACACUGGCUGCCGUGUCAUCAUGGGUGGAGUUCACGGUGGAGAAGCUAACCAUUCCAGAGCUGAAGCAGGUGAAGUGGUUGAGCUUGCUGGGUCUGCUCAUGGUGCUGUGCGGUGAAGCCCUGCGGAAGGCGGCCAUGUUGACGGCCGGUUCCAAUUUCAACCAUAUUGUCCAGAAUGAGAAGGCCCAGAGCCAUGUGCUGGUCACCAAUGGGGUCUACGGCUUCUUCAGACACCCAUCUUAUGUGGGCUGGUUCUACUGGAGUAUAGGAACACAGAUCAUGCUGUGUAACCCGGUGUGCAUCCUGGCCUACACGAUAGCCAGCUGGCGGUUCUUCCGGGAGCGGAUAGAGGAAGAAGAGCUUUCCCUCAUCCAUUUUUUUGCUGAGGACUAUGUGGCGUAUAAGAAGCGGGUUCCCACCGGGCUUCCAUUCAUCUCUGGGAUCCGUGUAAACUAGUCCUGGAAGCCGGUGCUGACGUAUCGGACUUAAAGCAACAAAGCGGGUCAGACAUGGUGGGUGUGUGUCGUCUGCCAUGGCAGCUACCCUCCAGAGGUAAAACCCAGCAGCGGCUGAGAGCCUGUAGCUCAGACAGACACCUUGGCAGCUGGGAUACAGCAGGCAGCUGGGCUGCUGUUUUUCUACCAACCUCCAAAAAUCCAGUUAAAAAACAGAAAACCUCUGCUGUACAUGUAUUCUUACACUUAUACUCCAUCUGUUUCACUCAUCUCUGCAUGCUCUGACCAUGCCUAGUGUUUCCACUGAUCACCUGUUGUAAUGAGCAACGAUUCUGCACUGGACCCUCUGGUAUCCGACAUCUGAUGACAUGUUUUCUGAAGCUGUAGUGGAAGAAGAGUUGUUUGAGUUUCAUAGAGAAUCCACUCAGACAUAAACGAUGUUUACAGUU